AUUAUUAUGAAACUUGCUUCGCUGAUAAGAAGCAGCAGCAACCAAAAUGGUGUUCCAAACUUGCACUGGUUCUCCUCAGUUCCCGACAUCAAACUUCACCUGGACAAGGCCGCAAAACUGAAGAACCUUAAACACGCGACGCAAAUCCACUCGCAAAUUGUAACGACCAAUCAGGCGUCCCUCGGCAACAUCAACAGCCUCCUCGUGGUGUACGCAAAAUGCGGUUCCAUCAAGCACGCGGUCCUCUUGUUCGGCACAAGCCCUGGCGCCUCAACCAGCGUGGUCACGUGGACCACACUCAUAACCCAACUCUCCCAUUUCAACAAACCCUUCCAAGCCCUCACUUCUUUCAACCUGAUGCGAACCACCGGCAUAUACCCCAAUCAGUUCACCUUCUCAGCCAUCUUACCCGCCUGCGCUCACGCCACGCUCCUUUCACAGGGCCAACAAAUCCACGCCUUGCUUCUCAAACACGCCUUCCACACCGACACUUUUGUUGCCACCGCUUUGCUCCAUAUGUACGCCUCGUGUGGCUCCAUGUCCUUGGCGGAGAAUGUGUUCGACCAAAUGCCCCACCGAAAUCUCGUUUCCUGGAACUCCAUGAUUGUGGGGUUUCUUAAAAACAAAAUGUACGGUCGUGCCAUUGGGUUUUUUAGAGAGGUUCUUUCUCUUGAACCCGACCAAGUUAGUUUCUCCAGCGUGUUGAGUGCUUGUGCUGGGUUGGUUGAGCUUGGGUUUGGGAAACAAGUUCAUGGGAGCAUUGUUAAGCGUGGUUUGGUGGGGUUGGUUUACGUGAAGAACUCGCUGGUAGACAUGUAUUGCAAAUGCGGUUUGUUUGAGGAUGCAACUAAGCUGUUCUGUGGUGGUGGAGAGAGAGAUGUUGUGACGUGGAAUGUAAUGAUCACGGGAUGUGUUCAUAGCCAAAACUUCGAACAAGCUUGCACCUUUUUCCAGGCUAUGAUAAGGGAAGGCGUGGAACCGGACGAGGCUUCGUACUCAUCUCUCCUUCACGCUUCUGCAAGUAUUGCUGCACUGGCACAAGGCAGCUUGAUCCAUUGUCAUGUAUUAAAAACCGGGCAUAUGAAAAAUGCGUGUGUUUCGAGUUCUUUGGUAACCAUGUACGGCAAGUGUGGAAGUCUGUUUGAUGCCUACGGUGUUUUUGGAGAAACUAAGGAUUGCAAUGUGGUUUGUUGGACUGCUAUGAUAACAGUUUGCCAUCAACAUGGUUGCGCAAAUGAGGCAAUUGAAUUGUUUGAAGAGAUGCUCAAGGAGGGGAUUGUGCCAGAAUACAUAACUUUUGUUUCCGUGUUGUCGGCUUGCAGCCAUACAGGGAAGGUUGAUGAUGGUUUUAAGUACUUCAAUUCCAUGGCUAAUGUUCAUAACAUUGAACCGGGGCUUGAGCAUUAUGCUUGCAUGGUUGACUUGCUUGGUCGCGUUGGUCGUUUGGAGGAAGCAUGGAGGUUCAUUGAAUUGAUGCCGAUCGAGCCUGAUUCGACCGUUUGGGGGGCUUUUCUUGGGGCAUGCGGAAAGCAUGGCAAUGUUGAAAUGGGAAGAGAGGUUGCAGAGAGGCUUUUCAAGUUGGAACCGGAUAAUCCAGGAAACUACGCGCUGCUUGCGAAUAUCUAUACUCGACAUGGGAUGUUGGAUGAAGCUGAUGAAGUCAGAAGAUUGAUGGGGGUCAGUGGCGUGAGGAAAGAGACUGGGUGUAGCUGGAUUGAUGUUAAGAACAGAACCUUUGUGUUCAAUGUGAAUGAUAGGUCUCAUUCAAGGACACGAGAGAUUUAUGAAAUGUUGCAGAAGUUGAAGGAAUUGAUGAAGAGGAGAGGGUAUGUGGCGGAGACCCAGUUUGCAACUAACAGCGUGGAAGGUUCUGAAGAGCAGAGUUUGUGGUGUCACAGUGAGAAAUUAGCUCUUGCAUUUGGACUUCUGGUCCUCCCACCUGGAUCUCCGGUAAGGAUAAAGAAGAAUUUGAGGACCUGUGGCGAUUGUCAUACUGUUAUGAAGUUUGCUUCAGAGAUUUUUCAGAGAGAAAUUAUUGUGAGAGAUAUCAAUAGGUUUCAUCGAUUCACAAAUGGAUCGUGCUCAUGUAGGGAUUAUUGGUGAUUGAAUUUAAAGCACAUGCAACAAAAUGAACACGAGUCAUGACUACCUAAGAACAAGAAAAAACUAAGAUUGAUUUACACAUGCUUAAACAGUUUAUACAAUCCGAUCAAGGACUGAUUUAUUUUUGUAAUUUUUUUUU